AUGGUGUCCUGGGGCCGUCUGAUUCUUCACGCAUUUUCCUUUUCUCCUCUCAACAAUGAUCUCGCCGCAAUCUACCAGCCCGACAAGGCGAAGUUUGCUGUUCCUGCUCUGCAACCACCAAAGAAUAUCCUAGGCGGCAUGAACGGUGGUGCCUUCCACGGUCCAGCCUUCAUAUCUAAUGGAAUGCAAACGCUGCAAAACGCUUUGGCUGGGAAUCAACAAGAUGGCGACUCACCUCUCGGAACGAUCGAUGCGCCAACGUUACCUCCCUUCCUUGCUGGUGGUGGCACGCCUCUUCCCAAUGGCUUUCCCUGGGGUCAGUCAACAGCCAACAACACCAAUUAUUACACAACUACACCCAACACUGGUGUCACUCGAUACUACGACUUUGAGAUAUCCGCUGGACGGAUUGCACCUGACGGUGUCUUCAAGGAUGGUAUCCUCGUCAAUGGACAGUUCCCUGGUCCCACCAUAGAAGCAAACUGGGGUGACAUGAUCUCGAUCACUGUCAAGAAUUCUCUGGACGAGGGAACUGCAAUGCAUUGGCAUGGUGAGAAUACGCCGGUACACAUAGAAGAGUGUCUACUAACAAUAUGCANNGGACUGCUCCAGAAAGCAACGCCAUGGUAUGAUGGAGUGCCAACUAUCAUGCAAUGCCCCAUAGCUCCUGGCAAAUCCUUCACAUAUACCUUUCAGGCUGAUCUAUACGGAACCAGCUGGUACCACAGCCACUACAGUACGUCUAAUUCGGUGGCUCUCCACCAUCUGUGUGCUGACUCCAAUUCUAGGUNNGCACAGUAUGCAGGUGGCGCAGCUGGUGCCAUGAUCAUUUAUGGUCCCAAAAACGUAGACUAUGAUAUCGACCUCGGACCAGUAAUAUUGAGCGACUGGUAUCAUGAAGAUUAUUACACCCUCGUCGAGCAGACAAUGUCAAAAGCGGGUGCCAACACUCCUCAGCCCGCUUCGAACAACAACUUGAUCAACGGCAAGAUGAAUUUCCCGUGCCACAAGGACGUCAACUGCACCGCCAAUGCUGGCAUUUCCAAGUUCUCCUUCACCUCUGGCAAGAAGCACAGAUUGCGGUUGAUCAACAUGAGCGCCGAAGCCAUGCAAAAGUUCUCGAUUGAUGACCACAAGAUGACUGUCAUCGCAAAUGACUUUGUGCCUGUUGAGCCUUACGAGGUUGCUGUGGUCACUCUUGCUGUUGGUGAGUUUAGAAUGGGGACUCUUUCUAUAUUACGACUGACAAAGUACCAGNGCCAACGUACCGACAUUAUUGUCGAAGCGGAUGGCUCACCUACCGACAGCGCCUGGAUGCGCUCCAACAUCCAGUACUGCUCCUUGACCGAUGGUACCGUCAACGAAGCUGUCGCCGCAAUUUACUACGAAAACGCAGACAAUACCACAAUUCCUAAGACCAAGUCCUCAGUCACCACAACCCAACUUUCUUACUGCAACAACGACGAUAUUUCCGUCACCAAGCCGUUUCUGCCCAUCACCCCCGACCCGAACCCAUCCACCACUGAAGACCUGGUUAUCGAGUAUCGCACCAACGAAACCGACUUUAACCUCUGGUUCGUCAACAACAUUAGUUUCAGAGGCGAUUACAACAAUCCCGUGCUGCUGGAAGCCAAACUCGGCAACCUCGAUUUUCCCGAAGAGGCACAUGUAAUGAACUUUGGCUCCAACAAGACCGUGCGGCUUGUAGUAUACAACUACUUUGCCUUUGGAGGCCAUCCCAUGCACAUGCAUGGCCACAACAUGCAAGUCUUUCUUCCUCCCUUCACACCUUACACCUCACUGACAUCACUGCAGGNNUACGUCCUCGCCGAAGGCUUUGGCGAAUGGGACAACCGCGUCACCAACCCCACCAACCCCCAACGCCGCGACACCAUCUGGGUCCAAGCCGCAAAAGACAAAGACACACCCGCCUACAUAGUCCUCCAGAUCGAUCAAGACAAUCCCGGCGUGUGGCCUUUUCAUUGCCAUAUCGCUUGGCAUGUGUCUGCGGGUUUGUACGUGAGUAUCUUGGAAAGGCCAGAGGAUAUCAGGACAUCGAUGCAGAUUCCGGGGGUUAUGGCGCAGAGUUGUAGGGACUGGAGUCAGUGGACUGGAGGGGUGGUUGUGGAUCAGAUCGAUAGUGGGUUGUGA